AUGGAUCGUGCCUGGUGGUUGAUCUCUGCCGCCAUACGAGAGCAGGAUGCCCUGGCAGCCGUGCGUGCGGAGGUGCAUGCAGAGAUCAAGGAGGGCGGUAAGGCCCUGUCAGCCCGGCAGCGGGAAUUGACCAGCUGGCAACAGGGCGACGUGGUACCACCCAUCCUGGGUCUCUUCUGUGGCUGCGGCUGCAUUUUGCUGUGCAGAAGGUCCGGCAGAGAACACUGGGCGUGGAUGGUCGUGGUUGAGGACGACGAGGACGACGAGGACGACGAGGACGACGAGGAGGACGAGGAGGACGAGGAGGAGGAGGAGAGGAGGACGAGGCAGGAGGAGGCGGAGGAGGAGGAGGAGAAGGAGGAGGAGAAGGAGGAGAAGGAGGAGGAGGAGGAGGCAGAGCCCAAAAGAGUGGUACCAGCACUGCAAACCAAGCCGAAGCCGGAUGAAGGGAAGGAGAUCAUCACUUCUCUGGAAGGCGGUGAGGUGAAGAUCGAUGGUAAAGCGGAACAAGCUAAAGCCUUCACCAUCCCCUGCAACAACCCGCUGAAGAUGCAGACGCAGAAGCUGAGAAAUGAACCCACUGCAGCUGCCAAGGCGAAGGUGAGUGCUACCCCUGAGUCCAUCCAAGAUGGGAAGGGGGGCCUGGUGUUGCCGAAACUUCAGCAGCAGCUUUCGGCAGAUGACGCCGAAGCCAUGCGUGAGCUGCUGAAGGACGCAGAGGAGGGCGAGGAGCGGAACUCGGUGCCCGAGGUGGCGCCCAUUUUGAUGCGGGAGAAAAGCCGCCGAGCCCGUGAGGGCGGUGCCGCGGACGUGUCCAAGGAUGCCUACGAAAAAGUGCCGGUGGAGGCGUUUGGCCUGGCCCUUCUACGUGGCAUGGGCUAUGACCCGGAGAAGCACAAGACCAAACCCAUCUGGCACGAGAAGCCUCGAGACAACCUGCUGGGUUUGGGCGUGCAGCCACUGUUGCCUUCCGAAAAGAUGGCCCUGAAGAGGCCCAAGGAUCCCAAGGAUCUCAAGGAUCCCAAGGGCGAGAAGAGUGAGAAGGAGCCCCCAGAGAAGAAGGCAAAGGAGUCCCCUUCUUGA